GAUUAUCUGGUUCAUAACUGGGAUUAAAAAUGGACAAAGCUCGUGUUUUGUUCGGGGCAGCGUGACGCCGUCAGACGGAGUGAUGCUGCACACUUUUGUUAUCAGACUCGUCCACAGGGCGGCGCUGCUGCCGCCGCCGCCGCUGCCCGUCACAAUGUGUCUGUGGGAGUGACACCAAAGUUUGAAAGAUCCAAGCCGAGCGUCUGGGUCCGAACCGGCUCCGUUUAGCCGCUUUGCAGCUCUUUAUGACCGGAGGCUCUUGUUGUUUUUGGACUGUGGAGGAUUUGGGAAUGUGAGGAGAUGAACUUUGGAAAUUUACUGCUUGUGACUCUCUCAUUCAUCACCACCGCAUCAGGGUCCAGGCCUCGGUUUGAAGACAGCGCUCCUCGGAUUGUGGAGGACCCUUCAGAUUUGAUUGUUUGCAAGGGGGAGCCUGCCACUCUUAACUGUAAGGUGGAAGGCCGACCCGCACCGAGUAUAGAGUGGUAUAAGGACGGGAAGCGCGUGGAGACUGAUAAAGAUGACCCUCGUUCUCACCGGAUGCUCUUGCCCAGCGGCUCCCUCUUCUUCCUUCGCAUCGUUCACGGACGACGGAGCAAACCAGACGAAGGCGUCUACACCUGUGUGGCCCAAAACUACUUGGGGGAGGCCAUUAGUCGUAACGCGUCUUUGGAAGUCGCCAUCUUGAGAGAUGAUUUCCGCCAGCCUCCGAGCGAUGUGGUUGUGGCGGCCGGCGAGCCCGCCGUCUUAGAGUGUGUGCCACCACGUGGUCACCCCGAGCCCACCGUGUCCUGGAAACGCAACAACGUCCGCGUCAGCACCAAGGAUGAGCGCAUCUCGAUGCGUGGUGGGAAACUGAUGAUCUCACAUACCAGGAAAAGUGAUGCUGGCAUGUAUGUCUGUGUGGGCACCAACAUGGUUGGAGAGAGGGACAGCGAUCCUGCAGAGCUUGUGGUCUAUGAGCGUCCAGUGUUGGUGCGAAGGCCUGUGAACCAGGUGGUGAUGGAGGAAGAGACAGUUGACUUUCUGUGUGAGGUCCAUGGAGAUCCUGCCCCCACUGUGCGAUGGCGCCGAGAUGAAGGGGAGCUUCCCCGUGGAAGGUUUGAAAUCCGUAACGGCAACAACCUGCGUUUGUUCCGAGUGAAAGAGCAGGAUGAAGGAAUAUACACGUGCACUUCUGAGAACAGUGUGGGCAAGACCGAGGCCUCUGCUAUGUUACAGGUCCACGUUCCACCUCAGAUUGCCACUAAGCCACGCGACCAGGUUGCUGUCCAGGGGAGGAGCAUCAGCUUCCAAUGUGGCACCACAGGAAACCCGCUGCCCGCCAUCUUCUGGCAGAAAGAGGGCAGCCAGAUGCUGUUAUUCCCCGGACAACCACCGUCACAGUCCGGACGUUACUCUGUGUCCAUGAGCGGAGAACUGACCAUAACUGAUGUCCAUCCUGACGAUUCGGGUUUCUACGUGUGUCAGGCCAUCAGUGUGGCAGGAAGUGUGCUGACUAAGGCGCUGCUGGAGGUGGAGGGGGGUCCUCCAGGCCGUUUUCCACCCAUCAUUCUCCAGGGCCCAGCCAAUCAGACGGUGUCGCCAGGCGCGGCCGCACAGCUGCACUGUCGUGUGACUGGAGGACCCUCGGUGAAGAUUUCAUGGGAGAAGGACGGACAGAGAAUUCAGGGAGAUAAAUCACGGCUGACCUUGAUGGAAAACGGCACUUUACAAAUCGGAGGUGUGAAGGACGCAGACUCUGGGACAUACACGUGCGUGGUGUCCAGCGCCACAGGGGAGUCGAGCUGGAGCGGCACACUGUCCGUCAAACCAGACGACGGCGUCUCGUCAGGGUCCAGGGUGUCUGAGUUCAUCCAGCUUCCUGGACCGCCCCAGAAGCCCGUGGUAACCGAAGUGACCAAGAACACCGUCAGCCUCACCUGGCAGUCCAACCCCCAUGAGGGCGGGGCCGCUGUAACCUACUACAUCAUCGAGGCGUUCAGUCAGUCGGUGGGCAGUACCUGGCAAACAGUAGCGGACCACGUGAAGCAGGAGCGGCACACGGUGAUCGGACUCUUCCCCAACACAGUUUAUCUAUUCAUCGUCCGAGCCUGCAACUCUUACGGCCUCAGUGACCCGAGUCCAAUCUCAGAACCUGUCAGGACGCAGGAUGGAAGUCCUUCAGAACAGGGUUUGGACCACAGACAGGUGCAGAGAGAAUUAGGAGAAGUGUCCAUCUACCCACAGAAGCCCGUGGUUCUGUCUCCUGUCAGUGCCAGGAUUUCUUGGAGUGUUUCUGGUCAGUCUCGGUACAUUCAGGGGUAUCGUAUAUUUUACCGGACUAUUGGCAGCUCUUGGAUGGUCCACGAUGUGGAAGCGACAACUGACCAUAGUGCCAUAUUGGUGGACCUGCACAGCAACAAAGAAUAUGAAGUCAAAAUACGACCUUAUUUUAACGAGUUACAGGGACACGACAGUCUGAUGGUUUUGCUGCGUACCCCUGAGGAAGUUCUGAGUGCGGCUCCUCAGGCCGUGUCAGUGGUGCAGCUCGCCAAUAACUCCACCAUCAGUGUGUCCUGGGAGCCACCGCCACACAAUAUCCAGAGCGGGAUCAUUCGAGAGUACAAGGUGUGGUGUCUGGGUGGCGGCGUGGAGAACUGGAUUAACCGCACAGUGGAUGGAGCGGUUCUGUCCAUCCUGCUGACGAGCCUGCUGCCUGAUAUCCGCUAUACCAUCACUGUUGCCGCCGUCACCAGCCUCGGUGUAGGCGCUCAGAGCCCACCUGUCAGUCUGCUUCUCACUCUUCCACUGGGAAAGCCUUCUGCUCCUGUGGAAAAUGAGGACAGCCGCAGCCUGUCGGAGCAGAUCGUACACGUUGUCCGCCAGCCCGCCUUCAUUGCAGGACUGGGCGUGGCUGCGUGGCUGGUGCUGAUGGGUUUCAGCAGCUGGCUUUACUGUCGCCACCGUAGGAGGAAGCAGCUGGGUCACUACACCACCUCCUUUGCAUACACGCCUGCAGUUGGUUUCGCUCACAGUGAAGGAUCCGGAAUCAUGAAUGCUGGUCCUGGCAUGUUGGGAUCAAACAUGGGGAAUUACCCCUGGCUGGCUGACUCCUGGCCCACACCGAACCUCAGCAACAACAGUAAAGACGCCGUCAACUGCUGUUCUGGCAAAGUGGACUCUGACCGAUACUAUAACACUCUCAGCAUCAUCACGUACCCAAACCAAUCAGAGAAACACAGCGCGACGUCCAACGACAGUCCCAUCUACAGCACCAUUAACGCUACCGCUGAGGACGACCUCCUGGCAUACUACGACACCUACUCCACAUCCUACAACCAGGGUCCAGACCCAUACAGCAGCAAUCCAGUGCUGUCAAACAGUGGGUUUGUGGGUCUGGAUCAUGAUCUGGACCAGUGGACUAUACAGUCUGGUCACUCUGGAUCUGAAUAUGCCAAGCUCCAGUAUACCAAGAAAACAGGUGACAAACUGGUGAAGCAGAGGUCUUUUGGUUCCUCCUGUAAGUCAGCUACUCUAAACUGGGCGGAUGUUCUGUCACUGCCACUGCCUGCCAGCAAAGACCGAAGUCACACAAAGACGGAUCAGGAAGAUGAAAAGCCACACAGUUCUGAGGAUGAAAACGAGGACUGGUGUCCUCCGCUGCCUGCCAGAACCUACCUGAUGGACAUGUCCAGGGAGGAACUCUCCAGUCCACCGUCCAAAUCCGACGAGCAGUGCUGCUUCACACUGACACUCACGUCCUCUCCCCAGCAAGACACACACACACCUGGCGACAGUCCGCGGUUGCAGCACUUUGACCUUUUGGUGCAUCACCAGUCAGGCUCCCAGGUCACUCAGUCCAACCCGGAUCUGUUCACAAACAGCAGGACCGGAGACGUCAGUGAGGCCGACCACACCAGCCGGUGGGCAGAUGAUUUCAAGGGAGACGACCACGGCAAAGAACAAUAUCGCGCUGCGGCUGCCGAGUCGAGCCCCGCGGCUCCACAGCACAGGUCCAAGAGAGAGAAGAAGAACCCAAAGGACAGACAAGUCUGGCAAGAACUGCCCCACCAGACAGAGCUGGCCCCUCCCCCUGCAGACUCGCUGCAGUUCCUAUCUGAUGUUCUGAGUCGCGGCCGAACAGAUGGCAAACGAAAAGAGGGAAGUGGCUCACUGACUCUUCACAAGAGGGACGAGCAUUUCUCAGCUCAGCGGAGAGGACCAGCAAAGUGGUUCUCACCGGAUGAAACACCGUACAGCCAGUCCAGCUUCACGCCCAAAAUCCAGACAUCAGGCUACGGCUCGCUGGGCGGAGGGUUUCCACGACCUGCAACCAGCAGCCGGCGGACAGAUGAGAAGCCGAUGUAGACGAAGCGGAUUAGAGACCAUUGACAUUUACCUCUGUGAUUUAGUCUUGGCAAACCAUCACCCUGUUGCCAUGGUAUCUACAAAAUAAAAAAAUUAAACUGAG